AUGGGCUUGCAUCAUCCCCGAGCCUCUGCCCCUCACCACGUCUACCUGCAUCAUUGCGACCACCUACUGCACUACCUGUGGACGAGCAUAUUCCUCCUCAGCGUUCUAGCGGGGCUGCAGUACAUCACCAACGGUACUCCAGCAUCACUAGCAGCGACUCAGACCUCGAUAACGGUUUCGCUUCUGGUAAUCUGCGCAUUCUGUUUGAGCAGCUUGAGGUCCCUGCGGCCUCCCUCGCAGAAUCUCACGCCAUUUCUCCAACCUCAUCUCUGCGUUUACCCUGGUGACGCCGGCCGUAAUCAUCGGCGUCAAGUCACUGGAGCCUUAUCGGUCGCGGCAAUCUCACCCCGAGUGUUUCUCUAUCAGAUUUGGGAUCCUAAGGAUUCCCUUAGACAACGCACCACGGCUGAGAAGUCGAUCAUGAGAGAAAGUAUCGAGUCUACGCAGUCCGACGGAGGAGGGGGAGCGGGCUUUGAAGCUCAAGCGCAGCUUCUAUAUGACGAUUCUAGCGAUGUCGCCAUGUCAGGAGCCGAUAUCGUGUUGGCCACACCACAUCAGGUGAUUGAUGACGGCUUUGUGGCGCCAUCCGGGCCUCUACAGGCAGAUGCCUCCUAUCCCAAUACUCGUUCGCAGGCGAGACGCCAGAGUCUCAAAAAUGCCGUAGUGCGGCCCACGCCAUUUCUUUCCCGGCUACAGACUGCUUCGACUGCGCCCACAGUGGCAAAUUCUGGUUCGCGGCUUGAAGACGCCAGAGAUAUACGGUAUGCGGGAGAAGAUGAGGACCAGGAUGAAGAGACUACGGGAAGUUCGACUGGGGGGGCUGUCGGGGGCCUGUCGUUGGUUCCGGAUUCAGAUUUGCGCCAGCUUGGAGCUAGACGACGGUCUCCUAAGAUCAAACCCCCCAAAACGGCGCUUUCAAGCGGUAUUUCGUCAAGGAAACCACGCUUCAGUCGGCCCAAGGUGCAAAGGCAGCCAGGAUAUCCUCCAAGACGCUCAGCCCGGCUCGCGAGGGCUUGCACCGAGUUCCCCAAGUAUUCUGCCCUUCCCGAUGAGUUGAAGAUCCUGAUCUGGCAUCAUGCUGUUACUCCUCGCCUGGUCUACAUACGCAACAGGGUUGCGCCAGCUUGGACCCCUAGCAUCCAGACCCGGCGGCCAAAAUGGUUCAUGGCGGACGGAAUCUCUCAGGAAGCAGCCAGAGAGGCUUACCAGAAGAUGUUUGCCGUCACCAGCCCCUUCGCCGGCGGCUCCAACACGCUGACGCGCCAAGACGUCAACCCCAACACUGAUAUCAUCAUACUAGAGCCAUGCUGUAAUGGCUGCCGAGGGCGCUACUGCGCCUCUAUUCAGUUCUCCGAGGACGAUCGGCGCGCUGUCCGUUUCCUAGCCGUGCAAACCGACUCUCCCAAUCUGGCGCCGCAAGCUAAACCAUGUUGGGAGACGAUCACCUCGGCUUUCUGCAACACUGAAACCCUUUAUCUGAUGAAAACUGCUCUGAAGGGAGAUCAACAGGGUGAUAAGGCACUGAUCCGGAUUCGGGAGGGCGAUCGUGAGGUCUCUCUUCGGAAAGGCUUUGACGAGUGGAAGAAGGGUGCCGGCAAGGACAAAGCAUUGACGAAGCUCGAGUUUGUGGUCGUCACUAAUAGUGAUCACGAGACGGAGAAGGUGGCAGACCGUUACAAGGACGUCGAAGAGCGGAAGACGGGCCUGCCGGAAGACAUCAUUAUCGGAUAA